UUAUAAUAAUCACUUCCUUGUCCCUUUACCUAAUACCUCUAUAAAACGGGUUACUGAAUUGCAAAGCUUUACAAAACAGAAUAGCAAAAAAGAUAAUGAAGACUUCCAUUGCUAUCCUUAUUUUCUGCUUUCUUCUCCUGUUUGCAAAUCUCAACCAUGCAAGAAAAGAACCAGGGGAAUACUGGAGAAGUGUGAUGAAAGAUCAACCUAUGCCUGAAGCAAUCAAAGGGUUAUUACAUGAAGAUGAAACAGGUUCGGGUUCGGGUGCGGAGAUGAAAAUGAAGCAGUUCGUUAAAGAUUUCGACAGCCGGCAUAGUCUUAUAAUAUAUCAUAACAGUCCGGAAUCUAAACAAGAAGACACGACACAUGCUAAGGAUGUUAAACACACGAAGGACCAGAAACAAGAUAAACCAGAGAGAAAGAACUAGGAAAAAGAAAAACAAAACAAGAGCUUGUAUUAAUGGAGGUUUUUUCUUUUGUCUGAUAUGUAUGCCGCUAGUAGUAUUUUUAGAGGUUAUAUAUAUACAGUCAGAAAUACUAGCUGAUAUCUAUUGGGAUUAAAAUUUAAACAUAAAUUAUCAA